AUGAAGUGGAAGGCGAGCGUGUCCUCUUCCCGGCGCAAGAACCGCAAGGCGCACUUCACCGCGCCUUCCCACCUUCGCCGCAAGAUCAUGAGCUCUCCCCUGAGCAAGGAGCUCCGCAACAAGUACAACGUGCGGGCAGUGCCGAUCCGCCGCGACGACGAGGUGAUCAUCGUCAGGGGACACUACCAUGACCGUGAGGGAAAGGUCACUCAGGUGUACCGCAAGAAGUUCUGCAUCCAUGUGGAGCGCGUCACGCGGGACAAGACCAACGGGCAGACCGUACCAAUCCCCAUCCACCCGUCCAAGGUCAUGAUUACCAAGCUCAAGCUGGACAAGGACAGGAAGGCGCUGCUGGAUCGCAAGAACCGUGCAGUCAAGAAGGGCAAGUACACUGAGAAGGCGAGCGUGUCCUCCUCCCGGCGCAAGAACCGCAAGGCGCACUUCACCGCGCCUUCCCACCUUCGCCGCAAGAUCAUGAGCUCUCCCCUGAGCAAGGAGCUCCGCAACAAGUACAACGUGCGGGCAGUGCCGAUCCGCCGCGACGACGAGGUGAUCAUCGUCAGGGGACACUACCAUGACCGUGAGGGAAAGGUCACUCAGGUGUACCGCAAGAAGUUCUGCAUCCAUGUGGAGCGCGUCACGCGGGACAAGACCAACGGGCAGACCGUACCCAUCCCCAUCCACCCGUCCAAGGUCAUGAUUACCAAGCUCAAGCUGGACAAGGACAGGAAGGCGCUGCUGGAUCGCAAGAACCGUGCAGUCAAGAAGGGCAAGUACACUGAGAAGGAUACAGCAUAG